AUGACGGCAGCCAGCAGUACCACCGAUGUUGAAGUUCCACCGGAGAAGCAUGUGGAGGAGGGAUCGGCGACGACAGAGCAAGCAUAUCCCCCUCUACCGAAGGUGAUUGUCCUUAUUUUGGCCCUGUACCUGGCCAUCUUUCUCGUGGCUUUGGAUCAGACCAUCAUCGGCGUGGCUAUCCCCAAAAUCACUGAUCAAUUCAAGAGCAUCUCGGACAUUGCCUGGUAUGGCAGCGCGUAUUUCCUCACGUCGACGGCUCUCCAGCCAUCCUAUGGUCGAAUCUAUAAGACCUUCAGUGUCAAAUGGAGCUUUUUGGCAGCGGUCUUGAUCUUUGAGAUCGGCUCUCUCAUCUGCGCGGUGGCACCAUCCAGUACCGUCUUGAUUGUCGGAAGAGCCGUUGCCGGAAUUGGCGUCGCGGGGAUCUUCUCCGGUGCGCUGGUGAUUAUCUCCAUGACCGUGCCGCUACCCAAGCGACCCCUGGUAUUUGGGAUGUUCGGAAUGGUCUGGGGAAUUGCGUCGAUUGCGGGACCCCUCCUUGGGGGUGCAUUCACCGAUGGCCUCACAUGGAGAUGGUGUUUCUACAUCAACCUUCCCAUUGGCGGCCUGUCGAUCGCCGUCAUCUUCUUCUUCCUCCAGCUCCCUGGCAAGAGCGAGUACGCGGGGACGCCUAUCCUGGCCCGCAUUAGGCAGCUGGACCUGAUCGGUGCCAGUCUCCUCAUUCCCGCGAUUGUCUGUCUCCUGCUGGCCCUGCAGUGGGGAGGCAACAAGUAUCCAUGGAACAACUCUCGCAUUAUUGGCCUGUUCGUGGGCUUCGGUCUGCUGGCAAUCCUUUUCGCCAUCUCCCAGCUCUACCUUGGCGAAAAGGCCACCCUGCCGCCGCACAUCCUGAAACAGCGGACGGUGCUUGCAUCAUGCGUGUUUUGCCUCUUCUUCGGUGGUGCCUUUUUCCUCCUUGUGUACUACGUACCAAUCUUCUUCCAGAGUGUCGAGGGCUCCUCUGCGAUGAAGUCUGGCAUCCAGCUUCUCCCCAUGAUGCUUGCGACUGUCGUCUCCUCCGUGGUCAUCGGCGGACUCAUCACCGCAGCGGGUUAUUACACCCCGUUCCUGAUCGUGAGUACCGCCAUCGCCGCCAUCGGUACGGGCCUCAUCACCUUGUACGAUAUCGACAUUUCCGCCGGGAAGUGGAUCGGCUAUCAAAUUGUGGUCGGCGCCGGUGUCGGUGCGGGCUUCCAGGUCCCCAUGACCGCCGUCCAGACGGUUCUCAGCCCGCAGGAUAUCCCCGUUGGCACAGCUGCGGUGAUGUUCUUCCAAACGCUUGGAGGUGCUCUCUUCAUUGCUGUCGGCCAGUCGGUGUUCCAGAACGGAUUGAUUGAUGGGAUCGGCAAGUACGCGCCGGGGGUGAGCCCGAAGGCCAUUGUCGGGGCUGGCGCGACCGAAAUGCGACAUGUGCUGACGGAGUUGGGACAACUUGACCAGCUUGAGGGCGUCAUCAAAUCAUAUAUGAGCGGCCUGAGGGGCGCUUAUCAGGUCAGUCUCGCGAUUGCUCUGGUGGCUUUUGUGGCCAGUCUUUUCCUGGAAUGGAAGAGUGUGAAGAACGCUGGCGGAGAUAAAAAGGAUGUGGCCGUCCCAGCCCUCUGA